AUGGAUAAUUGUUGCGCACCACAGUGGGCAGAUUUUACACGCAGCCCGCAAAUUUUUGCCGAUGAUUAUUUCGAGAUAGAACACGAAGUGCACAAGCCUCAAAUGUAUUUUAAAUAUUCAUCAAAUUUAUACCCGUGUAAGCAAGAAAAUAAAAGCGAACAAUCUGUCAAUGAAACAAAAUUUGAUGACAGUUUAGAACCAGGGACGCCUGUACGUUCUAGCGUACGUUCUAGCGUAGCGUAUUUUAUACCUCAUGACAAUAAAAAACAUGCUGUAGUUCAAACUACGAACAAUGAACCUCCCAAAGAGUUGAAGUUAGAUGAGAAGUCCAGUAAGAUUCAUCAGACAUGGAGUGUAUCAAUAACAGAGCUAACAUCUGCUUUUAAGGUAAUGCCAGCACAACAUAAAGUUAAAAGUACAGUACCCAAGAAGAUUAGAGAGGGUAUGUCAGAGGCAAAGUCCUCCUUGAGAGAUGCUCAUAUCAAUGAUGUGAAAAAAAUAAACAAUCCACAAACUGCGUUUAUAAAGAAUAAACACGAAUCAGCAAUGAAAUCAAAAGUCAAUGUUUGUUCAAAAGAUGAUCCUUCAGACCGAAGAUUAUCAUACAAAAUUGUAAAAGUUCCAAGAACACAGCACAAUGCACUUAAUACAAAGCAAUAUUCAUUUGGAAAACCAAAAGUACUUACUUGUCAGUAUCGUAGAACUAGCUUAAUAAGGAACCGGAAACAUUCAAAUCAGUUUGUAAGUUUGGCAGAAGCAAUUUCCAAGUUUCAAACAGAAACGCCUGAAAGAUUUCGUACUCUUAGUAACAGAACUAUGAAGCCUGGUUUAUUAAUGAAGUUAAAACAAUCACCACUGAAGCUCACUUAUCCAAUUUCUCCUGCGCUGAGGUGUAAACAGAGAAAAAGAACAACUAAUACUUUGAAUCAGCAAGAGAGGGAGAAAUUAGAACUUGAAAAUAUGAAGAAACAUCAAAUUAAAGCGAACCCUGUACCAGUUAAUAUAUUAAAAGGUCCAACAUUAUUAAAGAAGGUGCCUAAAAAACCCAAUACAAUUACGGAAGAAUUCCAUUUAACUCAAUCUAAAAAAACACGUCACCCAACAGAUCCAUCUGUAAAUAUACAACAGAAUAUGAAUACCAAGGAACAUCAAAAAACUGUAUCUAUCAGUCGUUCUACUAGUUCUUCAAGUGUUUCUUGUAAAAAGAUAAAUAGUUCUGAACCUGAGGUAAGGGGUACUAUGAGAGUUGAAUUCGAACUUCGCAAUAGGGAGUUUCAGUUGAAGAAACAAGAAAAACUGAGAAAUUUGUGUAUUCAGGAAAGUAAUAAAAAUAAAACGCAGUUCCACGCGAGACCUGUUCCAAAAUUUUCAAAGUCAACAAGUGCAGUUAAAGACCAGAAACAGAAGAGAACUAUGAUUACACGUUCAUCUAGUUUGGAAGAAAGAAACAGAUUUGUUGCUAAGAAGGACGAACCUGUUAAACAAUUUGAAAGAUUGGAAACUGCUAAAAUACUCAAUACCAAUUCUAUUCCAUGCUUUAUUCGUGGUUCAGAGAAAGAAAAUAUACGAAACAAAGGAUAUAGUUGCAAAGCACUUGAAACAAGACAAACAAAAAGUAGCAGUGACCGAGAAAAUAAGCAGCCUUGUACUAUGAACAAUACUGUAUCAUGCAUAAGCACAAAGAAAAAACAGACAAGCCAGCAAACUGUGAAUCACUGUGAUAAACUUCAAAGUAAAAUUGGUAUGCCUUUCAUAGAUAUUAAGAAUAAAAAAUUGAGCAAUGCUCAGAAUAAAGUUGAUAAGCUUAAAUUAAAUAUGAAAAUUCAAGAGAGGAACGAAUUCGAUGACAUAAUCAAGAAAAGAGAGCAAGAAUUCAAAGCAAAGAAAUUACAGGAGGAAAGAUGCAGAUUGUUAGAACAAAAAAUGGAAAAAUUGAAGUUGCGCAAAAUGACAGAGGUGAAAGCUAAACCAAUGCCAGUUUAUAAACCUAUGGUUAUUGCAAAAUCAACCAAGCCUGUAACCAAUCCACAAAGUCCUGCACUGGGAAUCAGAAACAAAGCAAAAAGCGUUUCUUAA